GAUGGAGGAGGCUCAGGAGCGCGCUGAGACCGGGAGAACGGGGCUGGAGACGGAGCAGGUCCACAACAGAUAAUGUCCCACUGUUCAGACGGGGAGGACAGCUGUGCAGUCGCCAUGGAGCUGGAGGAGGGCGGAGCUGAGCUGAAGGCGGAGCACAGUAUGGCCGAGCUGCCGGAGGAGGUGCUGGAGUACAUCUUGUCCUUCCUGUCGCCCUAUCAGGAGCACAAGACGGCCGCCCUGGUCUGCAAACAGUGGUACCGCCUCAUCAAAGGUGUGGCACAUCAGUGUUACCAUGGUUUCCUGCGGGCCAUUCAGGAGGGAAAUAUCCAGUGGGAGAGUCGCACGUACCCGUAUCCUGGAACCCCGAUCACACAACGCUUCUCUCACAGUCAGCUCUUGUGUGUGUCCUGGGUGGGCCAGUGUGUGGUGGUGUUCUCCCAGGCUCCAUCUGGUCGGGCCCCUCUGAGCCCCAGUCUGAACUCUCGGCCGUCCCCCAUCAGCUCCACCCCUGCUCCUCUGGGCCCUGACCCACCAUCCCUGCGGUCCCAGUCUCCGGUGCGCAGCGGGGCGGCGGGGGCAGUGCUGGGGGCAGUGGAGGAGGCCCCGUGUGUGAACGGGCGCUGGGGAACUCUGCGGCCCCGAGCGUCAGCACGAGCGUCCUCGUCCUCAUCUCCCUCACGGGGCCCUGAUAGCCCUCCUCUCCUCAACGGGGCCUCGCCGUCCCCGCGCACCAGCCCUGUGCAGCAGGCCUCGCCUCCCGCCCGGCCCCCGGGCCCUGCAGAUCUCAGCUGGGACGGCUCUCCGCCGAGUGCCAAUGGUCUGCACACACCACCGGGUUCCCCGCGGACGCCCCCAGGAGCCGUGUCUCCAGCAGCGCUGCGCAGGGGUUUGGAAGCCGUCAAAGCCUCAUCCUCUCUGCCGUCCCCGCCGCCCGCACCGCAACCAGGCCCCUCAGCCCCCAGCGGGACCCCUCCAGCCCCUGCCAGCCCCCCACCCAUCGCCCGCCGCCUCGGGCACCACCCGCCGCAGAGCCUGAACGUGGGCAAGCCGCUGUACCAGGCGCUGAGCUGUAAGCCCAUGCAGAUGUACCUGCUGGACGUGUCGCGGGCGCGGACGCAGGGUGUGGUGGCGUGGCGGGUGUACGGCAGCGGCGGAGCUCCCAGCGCCGUCACCGGGCCCCCCGAGACCAGCCUGCACACCGUGGUCCAGGGCCGCGGGGAGCUCAUCAUCUUCGGCGGACUCAUGGACAAAAAGCAGAACGUCAAAUACUACCCCAAAACCAACACUAGCAUGUGUGUGUGUGUGCGAGUGCGAGUGCGAGUGUGAGUGUGUGUGUGUGUGAGAGAGAGAGGACUCCAGAAGGGAAUGUUGUCUUGUUUCUGUUGUAUUUCACCCUCAGAAACGCUGAUCUGACUGAAGGAAAGAAACGAUUGUAGGAGGAACAGAUGAAAUGGACCUUUUUUAUCGCUCUUUCAGCCUGCAUUGUUUACAUUAAACGUGUGUGUGUGUGUGUGUGUGUGUGUGUGUGUGUGCGUGUGUGCGUGUGUGUGUGUGUGUGUGUGGAGGGAAUGAGACUGUGGAUUGUAAACAGAAAUAAAGUUCUCCAUGUCUUGAUUCUCUGA